AUGCUUCCCACGUUACUGCGGCGCACCGCCGAAUCGGCCGGCCGCAAGUUCGACGUCUUCACCAACCCGUACCGCGCGAAAAAAGUCUGGCCUCCCGAUUUCACAGGCCUCUCGCCUCAAGCACAGCUCCGGUUUGAGAAGAAGUACAAGCGCCGCCUGGCAUUGGUUUAUGCGCGGCCAAGAUGGGACAAGGCUAUCAAGCUUAUUCAGCUGGUGACCGUGACAGGUUUCCUGGGCUGGACGUUCUUGUUUUCAGAGUUCGAGUUUUGGGGCAAGCAGUACCGCCCUUCUGAGGAGAUCCGGAAGCACUUCCGCAACCUGUUCGGCACCAUCGACGCCGAAAAACGAUACGAGCGUCGCAGAGACGCACCCGAACCCGGGUCCGCCGAAUCCCCCAAAUAA